CGCACUCGGCAACAGAUCUGGCCUGGUCCGAUGGUGAAGUUGGCCACUCUGCUGAGUUAUAGUGCGAGUAUUGAGCAAGUAAAUUCCAUUUAUUUUUCUUCAAAAGUGUGGCAGCAGGGUGCAAUUAAAAGUGCGACUUAUUCACCAACGAAAAAGUUGACCCAUUCUCUGGGUUUCGAACAAGGGGACUGUGUAUUACUCUUUAACCGUGUACUGUAGGCCACGGUUAGUAAUUGUAUAGAAAGUGAAGUAUCUCAGUGACCCCGAGUGAUUGAUACAGGAUCGAAGAUGAUAAGGAAACGGCAGUUGAUAUCACUACUGCUACUAGUGACCACCGCAUGUUACAGUGUGGUGUCGGCGCAAACCGUGAAAGCGGAAAAUAAAGUGUCGGUGGAUUCGUCGGCGAUCUUGGAAAGCCUGCUAUGUAUAGUCAGAUCGAACCCGUGGCUUUGUAUACGACAGCAGGCCGGACGAAUGCUGGACAACUGGGAGGAAAUCCUCGAUUUCAAAAAGCAUGAAAUGAUGGAGGAAGCCGACAGAGAAUCUCAGCAACGUGCCCUGAAAGACGAUGGUAAGAAAAAAUUCAGAGAGACUCCAUCCAGCUUGAUACAUCAAAUUGAAGAUGGACUAGGAACUAUCUCAGAUUAUGUAUCGGACGGUGUGGACGGUUACGUUGCGGGUAAAGGGCUAAAAUCAGAUGACGAACAGGCUCGUCCCAAAAAGCACCUGCAUCACAUCUUGAAGCUAGGUAACACUGAUAACAAUGGUACCAAUGCGGGUCUUGCACGUACCGCGGCGGAAUUUGACGAUGAGGUGGCCGCCGUGGAGGAUGGUUUGGUGGAUUAUGGAUUUGACGCCGGGCUGGACAAAGCUAUUGGUAGAGGCAAGCAAGUGGGUGGCCAGGCUGUAGGUUUCGGUGGCGAUGAACAAAAUGGUCCAGGUUUUGUAGGCAAAAGAAAGGGCAAGAAGAAGAAGACAUACAUUAAGCUGUUCAUGCUGGGAGCCGCGCUCAAGGGAAAAAUCGAAUUGCUGCUGAAGAUUCUUUCCUUCCAUCUGCAACUCAAGUUCUUCGCUAUCGCUGCCCUCGGACUGCUGAUAAAUAUUGGACGUUUCUGGUUCGACCUCAAGAAGCAGCCACAGCCACAAAAAGUAAUCUACUACGAGCACGCGCAGCACCAGCAUCACUACGACGACCAUAGCGAGGACUUUGGCGGCUAUUGGAAACGGUCGCUGCACGGAAACCGUGACGAAGAUGGCGGCUAUUAUUCCCAGGACCGGAACGAUCGCCUGGAGAGCGAAUACCCUUACCAUCGACCGAGUCAGUAUGCUCCGGUGCCAAAUAGUCCCAGCCACUACCCUUACGAUCCGCAUAUCAUGGCGUAUCAUCAGCAGCGGCCAUAUGCUUAACAAAACGGACAAAAAGAGCGGAGCUCUUUCCGUUGCUACAAUGCUAAGUCCCCAGCUGAACACCCUACAUGGGGUGUGACGCAAUUGAUGAGAAGUUCCCAUCAGAUCAUCCAUUUCAUACGCUCAUCCUCAUUAUCGUUCAUUUGUACAAAUAUGUUGCAAGCCAGUCGCAAUCUUCGUCGUCCGAAGACCGGUCGAAUGAAACACUGUUCAAACUAUUUGUUGACUUUUUUAGAUAAGUUUGCUAGGAAAAAUGUUGAAAGCUAGACUGUUAACUUGAAUGUUUAUUUAUUUAGAUAUUUAAUAAUUUAUGUAUUUAUUUAUUUAUUUCUUUAUUGAAUAGUACUUCAGUCGCUCUCAUCAACUUUUUUUCGAGAAUUAAUUAGACUGGCUUUCAGAGCAUACACAAAUUUUGGUACUGAAAAGUGUUGAAUAAAAUAGAGAAAAUUUCUUGA